ACACACACACACACACACACACACACACACACACACACACACUGCACCCCUUCCUGCUCCUUUUAAGAGAUGAAUCACUGGCUUGCGAUCAAAGCUGGAGUCCUGUAUGGUUACAGCCGGCACAAAGGGGCGUUAAGGCUGGAAUCUCGCCCAAGUCACCCACUACUGCCACGCAGAUGGGCAACAAGGCACCAGGGGUCAGCAGCACAGUGGCAGAACUCUCACUUCCUGCACGGAGCGCUUUCCACCCCGUCUUUCUCUGUCUCGGGUCAUAGUUGUGGAGGAAGCCCUCGCAGACCGACUGCGUUCUGCGGCUCACCAAACUUCCUCGGAGAAACAUUUGCAUUUCUCUUCAAAGCGACAAUGUUUAAGAGCUCAGAAGAGCAGGCCAAAUGGACCCCCCUCUUCACACACACACACACACACCUGCCCCACCCUUAAUCUCACUCACACACACACACACACACACACACACACACACACACCCCUUUGCUCUUAUCCCACACUUUGUGGAUGGAAGUUUUGGAAGGAAUAAACAGCCAAUAUGUGCAAAUAAAGUUAUAAAGAGCGAGCGAUCUAGCGGUAUGUGAUGUCCUGGUGUCAGCCAGAGGGACUUUCCCUGCGCCCGGGCGCCCAGGUGGCGACUGUUUACAUUAGCAUAGCUGGGCACAGUUUCGGAAAAAAACAUUGAUAAGAUCGCUAGGACGAGAGAGAGAGAGAGAGAGAGAGAGAGAGAGAGAGAGAGAGAGAGAGAGAGAGAGAGAGAGAGAGAGAGAGAAUUCAGAGUGAUCUUGGCUCUUCCAUAUUAUGCUGAUCUUUUGGGAAAAAUACCCCAAAUUCUGCCAAAUCACCCGAGAUUCAGUGAAAAGAGCGAGGAAGUUGGACACACGGGGUAACUGCACGUGCGACAUUUAUAUAGGACCCUGCGCUAACACGUGCAGUCACGAUCAGCAUUUACAUGAAACAUAUGGAGAUAAAGGUGUACUUCGGGUAAUUGCACUUAGAAAGAUUUCAUAAGUCAAAAGGGCUGUAAGGCCAUAAGACAUGCACUGACAUACAUCUCCAGCAAUGACAGCUGUUAUUGUAGAAGUCAAGUACUUUAAUAAAAAUAAAACUACACAGGCUGCUUCCUCGAAGCUUACCAACGCUGAGGUAAUAAUUAAUAUUGCGAAGUAGAACGGCAAAAUAAAACCCCAAACAGCGCUGAAAUCAGAAGAAAAGCGCAAAGAGUAUCAGAAAGAACCAUAUGUCCCAAAACUCCCUACACCCUCCCUCACCCCAAACUCCCUACACCCCACCCCCCACCACGGAGCGCAUGAUGCCGAGGGUUUAUAGUGCGCGAUAAUUAUUCAAACGCGCGCAUUACGGAGCCAGAGGAACGUGCUCGUGGCGUGCGCCUUUUAUGUGGCCAUCCUGCGGGGAGAGCGCGGCCCUUCGUUCGCCCACCAUGCCGCGCUCGUUCCCAAACCGUCGUUUCCCCCAAAGUUUGCACACAAUAAACCAUUUCGCGCCUUGCCCAGAGCGCGCCGUCCGGCCCCCGCGCUCCUCUCUCUCUCUCUUGGCUGCGGUUGAAACGAAAAUGUUCAUUUUGACUCGGAGGAGCAUUUCAAAGGCGCGCUCCGUUUCAUCUCGGAGCGCGCGCGGUCACUUUGGCUAAGGCGGAAUCGUGCGGAGGAUCGAAACAAAAAAAAACGGUUUCAUUUCUCUCCUCCCUCGCCCCGUGCCUUUAGUCUUGAGAAGGACAGAGGAGAAAGUGAGGCAUUACUCAUCCCGCGUGUGUGUAAACGCUCCGUGGGAGCCCAUUACUUUACACAAAUGUUCUCUAUUAAGCAAUAGUUCUGACUCAUUCCAGUCGCCGGCACACAUUUUUGAUGAAGAACUUGUAACAAUUAGUGCAGAAUUCACAAAUAAACUAAAUGAAGGCAACUGGGGAAAGCUAACAUAAUCGCUUCCCAUACACCAAUUCAGUAAAGUCAAUACAUGAGGUUUUCCAGCUAAUAUCCUAAUAGCACCUUUGAACCCUUGAACCCUUUAGUUACAAACCAGCCUCUUUUCUAAGGCUUAUGGAACUCGCACAUCAAUGUUCCAACAUUAUUUAUUAAAUAGGUGCAUGUGACUCAAACUGUUUGUAGAGUGACCAAUGGCAGAAGGCCACAUAUAAGGCUCACUGAUAUUACCUCACCCAUUAAAGUGUUGAUCUGUAAGGACGCCUUAGGCGUAUGGGGCUGGGAUGACCCCUCAGGCUGGUGUCCACUGACAGAGUUGUCCGUGACAUCUGGGAACGGGUUUCAGAAGUCAACGCAGCAAGGCAGAUUGGUUGUGUUCACGGAAGAGUGCGUUGCGUUUCUGAUUGGUUGCGCUUACCACAUGUUGAAAGAAACAUGCUCUGCAUUCUCCAAACUUUGCGGAGUCACCACACAGAUAUGGUCAUUCUAAACCUGACCCUGGAAAUUAAGACUAGCCCAAAGGCUGAUCUGAUUUACUGCUGACGUGACAUUUCUCAGACUUCUCUUUCUCCAGGCCAAAUGUGUGGAACCUGCAGUGCACUCUCGCCGGAAGAAACUCUCAGCGUCGAUAGUCAGGGUCACCUGGCACUAGCGGCCUUCAUCCGUCCUUGAUACGGGAGAGCGGACGAGGACGACGGGACGAUGAGGAUGGUUAAAGAAGAGGGACGUUCACAUGCCAGGCUGAGGGCUGCCCUGAAAGUGAGCAGAAUAAACCUUGUCUCUGGAAUGUCUUUGAGAGACUGUAUCCUAGUUCUUUUUUCAAGCGGCUAUGCCGAAGUGUCUCCGCUCCGGAGGUGGAGCAUUUUAAGAAGAGCGCUGACCAGACACCGGACAGCCGGGAGAUGACUAGCAUUUGGCAACGUCCGGUUUCGCCUUGCCGUGGUAACCAAACCACUUCAAAGGGGUGGCUUCACUUAUUAUGAGAGGCGAGCGGCUCCGCGGCACCCCCGCUGCUUCUAGCGCGUGAGGAGGGAUCGGAGGCGCAGCGUCGGGCGAGCUAAAGCUGCACGCACGCGAACGGCAGCGCCGGAGUCAUGAGCCGCGUGCUCACCGAGACCGUCGGCGCCAGCUUCCGAGAAGACGCACCUCGUCCUCCGGUCCCGGGGGAAGAGGGCGAAGGAUCAUGCCGCAGUUCGUCCAAGUCCGUGAGGAUCAGGCCUUUGCACGGGGCUAAGGCGGUCGCCGUUGCCCCUCCCGGCUGCACUCCGCGACGAAACGAGGAUGGACUCGGGGAACCGGAGGGCAGCGCCUCGCCGGAUUCCCCGCUCGCGCGGUGGACUAAAUCACUGCAUUUUCUCCUCGGCGACCAGGACGGCGCCCACCUGUUCAGGACCUUCUUGGAGCGCGAGAAAUGCGAGGACACUCUGGACUUCUGGUUCGCGUGCAACGGGUUUCGGCAGAUGGACCUGAAGGACCCGAAAACGCAAAGAGUUGCCAGAGCAAUUUACAAGCGGUACAUCGAGAACGACAGCGUCGUCGCGCAGCAGAUGAAACCGGCCACUAAAUCCUACAUACGGGACAGUGUGAAGAAGCAGCAGAUCGACUCGUCCAUGUUCGACCAGGCCCAAACGGAGAUCCAGACCAGCAUGGAGGAGAACGCCUACCAGCUGUUCCUGGCGUCGGACAUUUACCUCGACUACGUGCGCUCGGGCUGCGAGAGCUCCGCGUACGAGCAGCACGGCGGUCUGGGGAAUCUCAGGUUGAUGUGCGGCUACCUGCCCCCGCUAAUAGAGGACAAAGAAUGGACUUGCAGCGACUUCAAAACGAAAGCACUGGCAACCGUGGUCGGAUUAUCCGCCAGUACCCUGCGGGCUACGAUGUCUCUGCGGACCACGGAUAUCCUGGAGCAAGGAUGCAGGGCACGGAGGCGCGGCGGACCCGCCAGCCCCUACUUCGUGAACUCGGGCCACGUCUUUGCGCCGGCCAGCAGCGCCAACGACAGCGAGGUGUCCAGCGACGCCACCACGGAUGACUCCAUGUCCAUGACCGACAGCAGCAGCGUAGACGGGAUUCCUCCAUACAAGCUGGUCACCAGGAAGCAGCUCCAGCGGGAGAUGCACCGGAGCGUGAAGAUCAACGGACAAGUUGCGCUCCCUCAUUUCCCCAGGACGCAGCGGUUGCCGCGGGAGAUGGCGCCGGUGGAGCCGUCGGCGUUUGCGGCGGAGCUGAUAUCCCGGCUGGAGAAACUGAAGCGGGAGCGAGACACGCUGAGCUCUCUCGAGGAGAGACUGCAGCAGAUACAGGAGGAAGAGGAGCGAGAUGAGAGUGAGUUAUCAGGUGGAGGCUCCCACCUACCCCCUCCCUCCCUCAGCCUCCUCCCAUCCGGAUACUGUGAAGAAGACCCUCAGGCUAUCCUGGAUGAGCACCUUUCCAGGGUCCUAAAGACCCCCGGAUGCCAGUCCCCCGACAUGCCCGGCUACUCCCCUCGCGCCCGCUCGCCGGACCGCCACCACCAUCACCUCCACCAUCGCCAGGGCUUGGUCUCCAGCCUCGUACCCGGAUUGGCCUGCUCCGUCCCAAGCAAGACGCUGGCGGCAAGCCCCCGGCCCUGUACCAAGCACGUCCACCACCACUACGUCCACCACCAUGGGGCUUCGGCCAAAAGCAAGGAGGAGAUCGAGGCGGAGGCAGCCCACCGAGUGGCACAGUGUCUGGGCUCGGCGGGGUCAGAUUACUCCUUCCAGCGGUGCCAUAUCCCAGCUGAGCUCGUGCCAGGGCGUACCAGCACGUUGUCCAGGCGCCCCUGUAAAGCCAGCGAUGGAACAAGCGUUUGCCAGUCUAGCAGCGAGUCCUGCGGCUCCCCCGUGCUGCCCUUGGAUGGUACGGACCGCUCCCAGAACGUGUGGCAGUGGAUCCUGGAGAGCGAGAGGCAGAGCAGGCCCAAGCCUCACGGUUCCCAAGGCCUGAAGAAGCUCUACCCCACCGACGUGUCCUCCAAGACAGCCCUGUGGGGGAGCGGAGGAAUGGGCACCACCGUGCGCGGCCACCACCCGGGUCACCCCUUCGUGCAGGACCCUACCAUGCCCCCGUUGCCUCCGCCCAACACCCUGACCCAGCUCGAAGAAGCCUGCCGCCGGCUGGAAGAAGCAUCCAGGCCUGUUAAGCAAAGACACUCCACCUCCUCCGGACUGCAGAGAGAGAGAGGACAUCCACCUCUGUUCCCCAACACAAGCUCCACCCUCAACAGCCUCGCCCCACAGACAGACGAGUGGAAAGAGCAGCGGAGGCCGAGCGGCGGGAACGCCGGCGCCCCUUCUGGCUCGGAGCUGGUGGUCACCUAUUUUUUCUGCGGCGAGGAGAUCCCCUACCGCAGGCUUAUGAAAACCCACAGCCUCACGCUCGGCCAUUUCAAAGAGCAGCUCCGCAAGAAGGGGAACUACAGGUACUACUUUAAGAAGGCCAGCGACGAGUUCGAGUGCGGUGCCGUGUUCGAGGAGAUCUGGGAUGACGGCUCUGUGUUGCCUAUGUAUGAGGGCAAGAUCCUGGGUAAGGUGGAGCGCAUGGACUGAUGACACGAUCCAACCGGCCAAUCAAGCGCGGAGGGAGUACAAACAAACCACAGACGUCCGUUUAUCCGACGCUCUGCUCCCAUGAAAGACUGAGACCCUCUAAUAUGAGUCUGACUGUCCGUCAGAGACCUGGCAGAUACACUCCUGUUUUUUUUAAGCUACCUAGAGUUAAUAUAUUUUAAAAAGACUGCCCAGGUUGUGUUGAAGCUAUUGAAGGAACAC